AUGGAUUUGAACCAUGAAAAUGCCACAAGUAAGCUUUCAUCUACCAAGGCUAGUGCUCGAAAAACAGUUUGGGAUUCUAGUACCCAUAUGAUAUUUGUUGAGUUGUGUCUCGAGGAAGUAAAUAAAGGCAAUAGACCUGCGAGCCACUUCAAUAAGGUUGGGUGGAUGAACCUAGCAAAUAAUCUAAAAACUCGAACAGGAAAAGAUUACACCAAACUGCAACUUAAAAACCAUUGGGAUUCAAUGAAGAGGGAUUGGAAGUUAUACGAUCGUUUGAUGAGAAUUGAAUCUGGGCUUGGAUGGGAUCCUGUGAAAAAGACGAUAAACGCAACGAGUGAGUGGUGGGAUGAAAAAAUACAGGCGGAUCCAGAACUUGCAAAAUUCAAGGACAAAAAUUUGGAGAUGUACCAAGAGUUUUACGAGCCAUUGUUUCGAGACUGUGUUGCUACUGGGGAUAAGACUAAAACCCCUCAUCAAUUGCAAAAUGAAAUUAGUCAAAGUGAUGCUCAAGACGAUAUUGGUGUUACGGAUGUAGAAGGGAAGGCAGAUAGCGAUGAAGGGAAUGUAGGUGAUGAUGUGGAAAUAUUAUUUCCAGAAAGCAAUUUGGUCAAGAGGAGGAAAAUACAAAACAAUGCUGAUGGUCGUUCAAGAAGGGGAAAAAGUACAAUAGCUUCCUCACUUGAAGUUAAACUUGACACGAUUAUUGAAGCACUAGCCUCACGAAGCACACCAAGUAUUCAAAUACCUACUCUAGUAGAAUGUAUGGAUAUUGUUUCAAACUUCCCGGGUUUUGAGCCAAGUUCGAUAAAUUAUAACAAGGCACUACGAAUCUUCAUGAAAAAAGAGGCAAGGGAAAGCUUUAUGUACCCGCCAACUACCAUUGACAAGAUUAGCUUUCUCUACUCACUAAUAGACGAGCGAUAA